AUCGAGCUUCUGCUUCCCACCUUCUACUCAUAGUAGCUGUCUGUUCGAUCCGUCAAAUCCGGCCAGCCGAUCUUCAACAAGCUGCACCACUGCCAACUAGUACUGCCAACCCCACGGACGGAUCCAAGAGAGAGCGGCCGGCCAUGGAAGACGCCGUCCUCCUCACCGUGGCCACCACCGUGUCCAUCCUCUGCUGCACGCUACUCCUCCGUGCAGCUCGCUCCCAUCACUCCAAGUCCAAGCUCGUCACCACCGUCCCGCCGCCUUCCCCGUGGCGGCUCCCGCUCGUGGGCAACCUGCACCAGCUCGCGGGCGGCCGCCUCCCGCACCGCACGCUGUCCGCCCUCGCCGCCGCCCACGGCCCCGUCAUGCUCCUCCGCCUCGGCCAGGUCCCGGCCGUCGUCGUGUCCUCGCCCGACGCCGCGCGGGAGGUGAUGCUGGAGCAGGACCACGUCUUCGCCACCCGCCCGUCGCUCGCCAUCCCCUCCAAGCUCUUCUACGGCUGCACCGACGUCGCCUUCGCCCCGCACGGCCCCUACUGGCUGCACGCGCGGAAGACGUGCGUGCUCCACCUCCUCAGCCCCGCCAGGGUGCGGGCCUACCGCGCCGUCCGGGAGGAGGAGGUGGGCGCGCUCCUGGACAACGUCCGGCGGCAGGCGCGCGUCGUGAACCUGAGCGAGCUCCUCGCCGGGUUUGCCAAGGACGUGAUCGGGCGGAUCGUGUUCGGGGCGAGCGCCGCCACGCGCGCCGACGGGUGGGGCGCCAAGGUGGACGCGCUGCUGGAGGAGGGCAACGCGCUGCUCGGAACGUUCCACGUCGGCGACUACUUCCCGAGACUGGCGUGGGUCGGCGCCCUGGACGGCACCGACGCCAAGGUCGGCAAGGCGUUCGACAGGAUCGACGCCGUUCUCGAGGAGAUCGUCGACGCCGCGGAGAGACGAAUGGGCCGAGUCCACGGAGGAGACGCGCUGGGGCUGCACGACAGCACCUUCGUCGACGUGCUGCUGUCUCUCGGCAACAACACCUCCGGCAACGGCACCGGCGGCGCGUCCCCGGAGCGGCGGUUCACGAGGGACAACGUCAAGGGGCUCCUAGCGAAUCUCUUCGGGGCAGGGGCAGACUCCACCAUCAUCGUGCUCGAAUGGGCCAUGGCAGAGCUGCUCCGCAACAAGGAGGCCAUGGAGAAGCUACAAGACGAGCUAAGGAGUAGAUCCGUAAGCACCAACUCCGAUAUGAUCACCGAAGAAGAUUUACAGGGGAUGGUCUACCUGAAAGCGGUGAUAAAGGAGACAAUGCGGCUGCACCCUCCCGGGCCGCUGCUGAUCCCCCGCGAGGCCAUGGAGCCCGCGAGGAUCCAGCAGUACGACGUGCCGAGCAAGACCAUGGUGAUCGUCAACGCAUGGGCCAUCGGAAGGGACCCGGGCAGCUGGGAGUCUCCGGAGGAGUUCCGACCGGAGAGGUUCCUCGGCACCGGCGGCGAGGUGGACUUCCGGGGCCGGCAUUUCCAGCUCGUGCCGUUCGGUUCCGGGAGGAGGGUGUGCCCGGGGAUCAACUUCACCAUGUCCAUCAUGGAGGUUGCGAUUGCCAACCUCGUCGGCCGGUUCGACUGGGCGCUGCCGGAGGGCGCGGCAGCGGCGGUGGACAUGGAGGAGGCGCCUGGGAUCACCUCACGGAAGAGGGUUCCGCUUCACGUCUUGGCUACACCGCGGGCGCAGGCAUCGUGCAAUCACGACGUGUAGUUCGGAAUUCAUAUUGUGCUCCUCCAAAUGGUUCUAGCAAUUUGAAGGCUCAUUUCUUUAACAAUACUUUUUGUAUUAAUAUCAAGAAGAUAUAAGUAUGCUUGUCCUCUUCAUCAA